AUUUAGGUUAAUCAUCUUACACAUCCUUUGUUAAUAAUAUUCCUUUAAUUUUAAUAACUUAGGCCAAAUAAUAUCUGCUUUUGAAAAAAAAAAAAAAAUUAGAGUGAAUUUCAGAAUUGGUCCCUGUGCUUUUUAAAAAGUGGCAGGUUGAGGACAACUUUCAGAAACAGUUCAAACGUAGACCUCUGGUUUCACAAAGUUGCAACUUUGAUCAUUUUUUAACAUGUCGUUAAUAAAGUGGGUUGAGCAUAUGUAAACUAACAAGCUUAUCCUUUUUAUAAAAGUCAACGCACUAUAUCUCUCCUCUUUCUCCCUGUAUGAAUGGUGGCUAAAAGAACCAGCCAAUGCAUUUUUUAAAAUUAUGACAGCAGAUUUGAAGCAUUUUUGAAAGUUGUCAUCUAACUUGUCACUUUUUGAAAAGAAAAGGGACCAAUUCUGAAAUUUACUCUCAAAAUUAAAUCGCUUCUUCUCAACUCUCAACCUUACGUCAAGAUUCAAGAUACGGUUCUCUUCGAAUUGGCUUCAACUCGCAAUUUUCACGGCGGAGAGAGAGCGAAAAUGGCUGCUACAACCCUCUUCUCCGCUCCGAUAUCCCCCCAUCUAUACCCAAUUUCUGUUUCCUCUUUUGGCUCUAAAAGUUCGUGGCAGCCGUCGUCCUCUGUCGCCCAAUCUCCGACGAAAUCUCCAUUUAUCCUCCUCCGAGUUUCCUCCUCAACUUCCAGUUCCACUGUCGAUAAACAAGAAGAAGAUGAAGAAGAAAGUAGCUCAUCUGACACCCUUACUAACCAAUCAGGAGGUUGCAAGGCAUGUGGGAAAGCAGAGAUAGGGUGGGGAUGCAAUGGUGAAGGCCUUGCCCUGAUUUUGUGGCCACCGGUGGUCGCUACCGCCGCCAAGGCCAGAGCAUGGAUGAAGUUGCUGGCUUUGGGAGUGUCCCAAGAAUUUCAGCCACCACCACCACCACCUCCUCCUCCGCAGCCACCGAAGAAACUCAAUCAAGCGACAAGAAACAAGGGCCAAGGAAAUUUAAGAGAUGAAGAGAAGAGAAGAUCUUCAAAGAAGUUGUUUUCAAUUCAAUGGACAAAAUUAGGUCCAUCUUGUUUGACAGAACUAUUGAAUGGUGAAGACAACUAA